UAAGAUCCAACCGGCUUCGACGUUGAACGUUGUUAGCCUCGUUCUCAAAAUGGCGGCUUACAUUGAAAACCUUCAAGAUGUGUUUAAGAACUGCGACAAAAUUAAAGACAUUUUGGCUCAUUCUGCCAAAGUUCACUCCGUGGCCUGGAGUUGUGAUGGUCGGAAGUUAGCGUCGGGAUCAUUUGAUAAGACUGUUAGUAUAUUCAGCUUGGACAGAGAUCGUUUGAAUAAAGACUUCACGUUCCGUGGCCAUGGAGACAGCGUUGAUCAGUUGUGUUGGCAUCCAAGUAAUCCAGACCAUCUCGUUACAGCCAGUGGGGAUAAAACCGUUCGCAUCUGGGAUGCUCGUAUCAAUAAAUCUGUUGCCACCGUCAACACCAGAGGUGAGAAUAUAAACAUCUGCUGGUCACCAGAUGGCAGCACUAUCGCCGUCGGAAACAAAGAGGAUCUCGUCACAUUUAUCGAUGCCCGUACACACCGCUCUCGAGCUGAAGAGCAAUUCAAGUUUGAAGUGAAUGAAAUCUCGUGGAACAAUGAAGGAGAUUUAUUCUUCUUAACCAGUGGUCAAGGAAGCAUCCACAUUCUCAGCUAUCCUGAUUUAAAAUUGCAGUAUGUCUUAAACGCCCACCCAGCUAAUUGUAUUUGCAUUGAGUUUGACCCCACGGGAUCAUAUUUUGCUACUGGAAGUGCAGACGCUUUGGUUAGUCUUUGGGACGUUGACCAGUUAGUGUGUGUCCGAACAUUUGCUAGACUUGACUGGCCUGUACGGACUCUGAGUUUUAGCUAUGAUGGUAAAAUGUUAGCAACAGCUUCUGAAGACUUGGUUAUUGAUAUUGCUGAAGUUGAAACCGGUCAAAAAGUAACUGAAAUUCCUUGUGAAACACCAACCUUUACAGUUGCAUGGCACCCCAAACGGUAUCUGUUAGCAUUUGCUUGUGAUGACAAACACGACAGAGGAGAUCGAGAUUCAGGCAUGGUUAAAGUUUUUGGAUUUCCAAAUGAUUCUUGAUUAAUUUCUUGGAGUUAUCUUUAAUCCAGAGUUUAAAGACAUUUUCUUCAGUGAACAUUCAUCAUUAUUUUAAUUUAAAUGCUUUCAUUAUGAAAUUGUCCAUUUUCAGGCAAUGUGUUUACUGUGUCAUGCAGCAACACAGGUUGCAAAACAAAUAACAUUGUUCCCAUCAGAGAAUAAUUCAUUCAAUUCUUAAAUAUUUAUUUUAAAACAGAAGCAGUAUUAGUUUAAAAUAGCAACCUGUGUGUCUUACAUAAUGCAUAUACAUCACAGAAAGCUUAGUUAACUGCAUUAUUUGUCUUGAGAUAGCAUUUCUUGCAGACAUACAUUGUUUUGCUAUCUUGAGAUGAAUACUGCAGUUAAUUAAGCUUUCGCUGAUGUAUCUGCAUUGAGUAUCAUACACAGAUUGCUAUUAUUUUUAAAUAUUAAUAUUGCAAUCAAAUUGUUAAAAUCUGUUUGAUCCAUGUAAGUAUAUUCUUUGUGACCUCAAUUCAUAAAGGAUAGGCUGUGUAUACAAAGAAAUUUUUAAUUUUCAAGCCAUAUCAUGAAAGUGCACAAUGGGAAAAGCAUUUAAUAAUCAAAAACAAAAAAUGAAAAAAAUGAUUCGAACAUAGCUUUAUGCAGUAAAGGUUACCAGGGAAUACCAGUAACUGAAUCAAAAAACUCAUCCAGUUUACUUGUGUUGAGAGCAUAAAGGUCUCCGAGAUGCAUGGAAGGCUGUCGUUUUGUAUUGCAGUAUGUCAGAUGGUCUGGGCAUAGAGAAAUGGCUAUGAAAUGGCUGAUGAUGAUUGUGAAGAAAAAUCUUUGUUAAAUCACAUCAAAAUAUACAUUAGUAUGUUUGAUAAAGGAGACUGAUCUAGUAAUAUCUUGAUUAAUACUACCACCACAUGGGCCAUGAGUGUCUUUAGUAGAGACUCUGGCCAGGUUUUUGAUGUGAGAAUAACUUCUUUUCCUCUCACCAGACUCUCAGUCCCUAUAAAUGGUCAUGAAAGCCACCUGUCCUUGUCUGAUGAUGCCUUAACAAUAAAUUUAAAAAAAAAACUUCUCAAAUGAAACCAUUUCCAAGAUGA